CAGAACCACCAUGAUCGCUAGCUGCAGUCUAUCGCAUAGCAGUCCGACCCGCUUUGCCCUCGCCGCUGCCCGCUUGGUCGCGUACUAUGAUCCGCCAAAUUGGACUUGAUCAGAGCGACGUGAAAAGGAACCACAUGCAAAAUGCCUUCUUCAGUUCUUUCUCAGCCGAACUCCCUUAAAGCCCUCUUAUAGCACCUGUCUUGUUCGGGCCCGACUCUCCUCAUCCUCUUGCCCAUUUGCGUCGCUCUGUCGCACUAUGUGCUAUGCAUACGGCUCUCUCGAGCAGGCUACUGGAGUCUGCCCGAUGUGUAAGGUGUUCAAGCCGAUCGGCGGCGCCACAAGAUGUCCUCAUGUGAAGGACGUCUGCCGCAACAGGGCAUUGCAUCCUAGACAUGAUGUAGUCUAUCUGAAAAAUGCCGAGGUAUCGACGUUCGCCGGAUGUGGCUUUUGCAAGUGGGCUAACGCGAAGCCACCUCUCAAUCAAUCUGGGUAUCAGAACCCUGGUUGGCCAGGCUGCUGCCGGCCUCCCAAGCCAGAGGACUACAAGUACAUCGGUGCUGCGGAUUGGCCUACCGUCAGCGUCGUCCACCACAUUCCAAUCCCAGCCGAUGUCAAGGCUAUCCUCGACAGCAUCACGAAUGGACGCAGUGGGUCCGGAAGUCCCAUGGGAACCUUGCGCAUCACAAAUGGACAGUCAACGCCCCCGUCGAUCAUGCGCAGGGCUACCUUUCAAGCUCCCGCCAGAACGGAGGGCCACGCCAGAUCAUCGACUGUGUCGAUUCCUGCCCGUGGUCGCUCCAAUGGGAGCCCUCAACAGGCGACUGCCGCACUCUCCGGAGUCGCCAGUCGGAAUGCUAGCGGAAAUAGCGAUGGCACCGCCUCGUCGUUGCCCAACCGCUCGGCGAUGGACCAUUUCCAGGCAGUGCGCCGCGUCAACACCGAUCAGCCUCAUGAUAGACGCUCUGAGUCCACGAACGCCGAGAAACAUUCCCCGGGACACCGAAGCGUUGAUCUUGGGGGUUCUCUCUCCCGUCGCAACACUGAGAGGCGUCCCACCAUCUCCGCUGCCAUGCCCUCCAUGUCUAUUAGCAAGGUCACUGUCGACGCCCAGCCCCCACGUCGCCGCGCCCAAACAUCUAGCACUAGCUCUAAUUCGCCUCCUUCGAGUGUCACCGCCACGCGUACCGCCGAACGGCAGAAUACCGCCCUGCCGCCACCGCAACGUCGUGUCGGUACUCUGGAGAAGUCGCUAGGCUCAAUGAACAUUUCGAGCGCUUCCAGCAGCAGCAGUGGCAGCAACUCAGAGUCUACAGUCAUUUCUGAUGGUGGUUUCACUGACUACCUAUCGGACGAGUCGGAGGCGGAACUUCAGAGACAGGCCGAGGUGAAAGCUGCUAUGCUCGCCCAGAGCCACUUGGAGGAACAAGAAUUCAGAGCGGCUCGCCAGCAGCUCGCGUCCGUGGAUUUACGCCCUCCGAAGUCCUGGAAUCCCAGCAGCAUUCCUCGUUCCCAUGCGUCGGCUUCUCACACUCCUAGCUAUGCCCAGUCGUCUCCGUUCACUGCAGUGUAUCCCACGGGAAGCCUCGCUGGCUCUGCUCACCCCAGAGGUUGACCACUGCGUAGAGGGAGGAGCACGUAUGAUGAUGAUGACUUGUAAUGACGACAACGCUCUUUGUAUCAAAUGGCCAGGAGGAUAUGGUGUCCUGCUAGGUUAUACCAGUCGACUGUGUAUUCCUGUGGGACUGCAGUGCGUUUGUAGCUGGAUUGCAUGCUCAUCUAUGUGCGAUGUAUCUGAAGUUAUUCACUUCGAUGUACUCAUUCAGUGUCGUGUACGUUCUCGUUUGAAUGUGAUAGAUGUCUCAAUUGUGGGGGAA